UGGAUGGGACUCCUACAUUAAUCGGCGCUCACUGCUCACUGCUGUUAUCGGGUAAAGUUUGAGGUUAGAAUGGCCGGCAGUUUAACAAAAUUUUGCAAAAAUUUUAGCCAAUUAUCAAGUAAACACAUUGUUUUACCGUCGGCAGCAUGUAGUCAAAACAGAAAAUAUGCAACGAAAAGAGUGGAGGCAAAGAAGCCCGUAGUGGAAAUGGAUGGUGAUGAAAUGACCAGGAUUAUCUGGGAAAAAAUUAAAGAGUCGCUAAUCUUUCCUUACGUUAAAGUAGAAUGUCUCUACUACGACCUUGGUUUGCCUUACAGGGACCAAACAAAUGAUCAGGUCACCAUAGAUGCAGCCUAUGCAAUUUUAAAACACAACGUUGGCAUUAAAUGUGCGACAAUUACUCCAGAUGAACAGAGGGUUGAAGAGUUUAAGCUGAAAAAAAUGUGGUUAUCUCCAAACGGCACUAUAAGAAAUAUUUUGGGAGGCACGGUAUUUAGGGAACCGAUAAUAUGUAAUAAUAUUCCGAAAUUAGUACCUGGGUGGACAAAUUCCAUAAUUAUCGGUCGUCACGCACACGGGGACCAGUACAAAGCUACAGAUUUUGUUGUCGAGAAACCAGGAAUGGUAGAAUUAGUGUAUACACCCGAUGAUGGUAGCGACGUGCAGAAGUAUGAAUUGUUUAAAUACAAAGGAGGUGGAGUGGCCAUGGGAAUGUAUAACACUGAUGAAAGUAUAAGAUCAUUUGCCCAUUCAUCGUUUCAAGUAGCUCUCCAAAAGGGAUGGCCCCUCUACCUUUCUACCAAAAAUACUAUCCUCAAAAAGUACGAUGGUAGAUUUAAGGACAUUUUCCAGGAAAUAUAUGAAAGUGAUUACCAAAAACAAUUUGAAGCUAAGAAAAUUUGGUACGAGCAUCGUUUGAUAGACGAUAUGGUAGCGCAGGCUCUUAAAUCAUCUGGAGGAUUUAUAUGGGCCUGUAAAAACUACGACGGUGAUGUACAAUCUGAUAUCAUCGCACAGGGCUAUGGGUCUCUCGGAAUGAUGAAAUCCGUCCUAAUGUGCCCUGACGGCAAAACUAUAGAAUCAGAAGCAGCUCAUGGAACAGUUACAAGACAUUAUAGGCAACAUCAAAAGGGCCAACAAACCUCAACCAACCCGAUAGCUUCAAUCUUUGCGUGGACCUGCGGACUGGCACAUCGUGGAAAGUUAGACGAUACUCCGGAUCUCGUAAAUUUUGCCAAUCAACUGGAGAAAGCUUGUAUUGAUACCGUGGAAUCUGGAAAGUACACAAAAGAUUUGGCAGCUUCCAUCCACGGCCUUCCAAAUGUGAAAGACGGAAUGUUUUUGAAUACUCAGGACUUUCUGGACGCUAUAUCAGACCAACUUAAACGAACUGUAGCUUAAAAUUUGUGUAUUUUUAGUUAAUUUCACUUUUAAACUAUUUUUAUACAUUUACAUACCAUUCGUCAUGUUAUUUAAUAAA